GAUGCUGAGCAACGGACACGUUUUUACACUAACGAUGAAGUACUCCGUGUUAAUAGGGAUCCUCACCUAUGGCGUCUUGGCCGUGGUCGCGGAUACUCGAUCGGAAUUCGAAGCAGCGAAGAUCGUGCCGGACGUUGUAGACGUGGCGCCUACCGACAAGAUCGAGGUAAAGUAUGGGGAGAAGGCGAUCGAGUUUGGUACCGAGCUGACACCGAUGGAGACGCAAAAGGCUCCAGAAAUCCACUACAAGAACGAAGGGGGUGUACUUUACACGUUGAUAAUGACUGAUCCAGACGUGCCGUCAACGAAAGGAUACAGACGCGAAUUUUGUCACUGGCUGGUUGGAAAUAUUCCUGAAGAAAAAAUCGAGAAGGGAGAAGUACUAGCAGAGUACGUCGGUCCAGCUCCGCCGAAAGGCUCGGGCAAGCAUCGGUACGUGUUCCUCGUUUACAAGCAAAACCAAGGAGCGAUCACGUUCGACGAGAGAAGACUCAGCAACAGGGACGGUCAGCGCCGUAAGCGAUUCUCCGCGAAGAAGUUUGCUGAGAAAUACAAUUUGGAGGGUCCACUAUCUGGCAACUUCAUGAAGGUGGAGUACGACGAUAACGUCCCGGCGUACGCGAAACUUUUGGGAUUUUAAUUCGGUGAACGACGCAGCAACUUGCGAGCGAUGUCACGAAGCGAAUGAGAGAAAUAAAAUGUUCGGAAGAAAUAAAAGAAAAUCGGUCAA